AUGUAUUUUCUUCCACCUGAAGUUCAACUUGAUAUUUGUAAAUGUCUUAAUUUCACUCAAUUAUUAUCAGUACAACAAACAAAUAUUUACUUCAAAAAUUUUAUUAUUGAAUAUAAGGGAAAAUUGGCUCGAAAGAAAUUUGCUUGUCUUACAUUUUUUGUACUCUUCGAGGGCAGUCUUUCUGAAUUUGUUAAGCCAGAUCCUAAACUUUAUGAAUUUGAAUUGAGUGAACAUCUCGAGGAAAAGUGGAAAAGUGCAAUAGAAAAAUCAAUUCCUAUGUUUUUUUAUAAUAAUGGCAGAAACGGUAAUAUUAGCGGGUUUGCAUUGCGGGACCGUAAUUAUAUGGAUAGUUCUGAUGGUAUUAGUACAAGGGCUGGGCGAAAUCUAAAAAUAAACUGCAAAAGCCGAAACUUCGCGCUAAAAAAUGUGAAAUUAGCCUAG